UGGCUCGGAGUCGGUGCUGAAGUUGGGCGGAUGGAAGAAAAACACCGCCGAUGGAGAUUAUAAGGCAGGAUGCAUCUUUACUGUGCGAUUAAACAAGCAUCAACAUAAAACACGUAUAAAUGAACCACUACAGAAUACUGACAACCAGAAUUAAAAGGAUGGUAUAUUUUUGCUCCCCUUGCACGCAACACUGCAAAUGGUCCACCCACUGAGUCCCUGAGCUCUGCUGAGACCCAGGGCGGAGACUGCUGUCCUCCUCAUCCCUCCUCACCACCUGGCCCUCCAUCAGUGAUGGUGAGAACAACAAUACUACUCUGUAGACGCAGCCUAGUGCUUUACUUCUGAACCCACCCAAGUUCAACCAACCAUUUACCUCAGCGCCAUGACUCUCCUGCCGUGUCUGUCUGUGGAAACAACUGACUAAUUCUCAUGCCCCGAAGUUUAAGCGGAGUUGACAUGAGAAAACGGCAGCAGCCACACAUUGAAGGACGUCCCCAGGCGCCUGGCCACCCACGACCCAACAACUGCUGCAUGUGCUGGUGUGGUUGUUGUAAAUGCCUCUGGAAUGAGGACCGCAUGGAGGGUUCCGAACGGGCAUGCACUAAAAUGGAUAGUAUUGAAGCCACGGAAGAGCAGCAACCCACUCUAGACGAGGUGGUGGCCUGGGCCCGUAGCUUCGAGCUGGUGAUGCGCUCCUCAGAAGGCAGGGAGAUUUUCCGAGAAUUUCUGCGCUCUGAGUACAGCGAAGAGAACCUGUUGUUCUGGCUGGCCUGUGAGGAGCUGAAGAAGGAGACGGACCCGACAGCGAUCGAUGAGAAAGCCAGGAUCAUCUAUGAGGACUACGUCUCCAUUCUAUCACCGAAAGAGGUGAGCCUAGAUUCACGGGUGAGGGAAGGCAUCAACCUGAGCCUGGCGGAGCCUAACAACGUGAUGUACGAGGAAGCCCAGCUGCAGAUCUACACCCUGAUGCACAGAGACUCCUACCCCCGUUUCCUCAACUCCUCUGUUUACAGAGACCUUCUGGACAGCAAGAGAAGCUCCUGCCUAGACACCUAAAGUAACCCACCCCCCAACAAACAAAACAGAAAGACAAUCAGGUGCCAGAACUGGGUUAGAUAUUUUCCUUUUUUGAAAACCAGAAAAUAAUGAAUAGUUUAAGCAAUUUCAAUUGUCUGCUCGCAGGUGGCCCUGAGGGUUAGUUCCUGGUUUAACUGCAGAUAAGAGCUCCUCAGGCUACUGUUACAAAGACAAACAAAAGGAAGGGUAGACCCAUUGUUCCUGUACUGUACUUUUGAGAGUUCUCCUUUUGCUCGGUCUCUUUCAUUCUCUCUCUUGUUCUCUAUUUUUCUCUCUCAAAUUCUGUCCCAUGCCUCAGACUUUUUACAGUACAACAACAAUGCCCUUUUUAAGAAAGCUGUAGAGUUGACUGUGGUGAGCAGGAAAAUCACUGACUUUGCAUGUGACACGGUAAUGGAAUUAGCCCUACACUGGCUUGGUAUGUUAGCAGUGGACAGCAAAGGUUCUUGAAUAUGAGAUGUAUUUUCUUCUGUUCUAUGGAUUUCCCUGUCAAGCUCUUGAUGUUUUAUGUGAAGGGAAUAUCGAUAUUUGCCAAUUAGCUUGCAGUUGUUGAUUUUGAGAAGGUUGAAAGUUUUACAGCAGUGUUAAUUUCCAAGCACUUGCCUUCUUUACAACUCUAAAAGAGAAGGAGGCCUGGAAUUGUGGUCGGGCAGCUAAAUAUCUAAUGAACAUGACUUUCCACGGGAAAUCACAAAGCCUUGAGGAGAAAAGGCGGCACAAGCGCUGCUUGUUAUGGUAACAGCCACAGUUUAGUAAACACAGUACAGUUCUACCUGUCUUUUCCCUCACCAUCUCAAUCUAAGAGAAGCACAGGUUAUGUCAGAGGUUGGAAUCAUUGCUGGAGAAAAAAAAACUAAUCAAACAUUCAAUCCGUUUCAGACAAUAAAUCAUGAAUACUUUCAAGCUCUCAAAUGAAAGAGAACUGUAAACUUUUUCAUUUUUCUACUGCAUAUAAUAUAAAUGGUAGUAAUCAAGCCUUGAUUUGGAAGGUCAAGUAUGAGAUGGUGGUAUGUCUGAUGCAUAGCCAUGAGGUCUAAGAGGGGUCUGCAUUGCAGAGACAUGGAAUUAUGAAGUAUGCCUAUGUGGCUUCUGGUUUUAAAGCUGUAGCUAGUUUUAGACUGAAGGGGGUCAGUGCCAGCUAAGGAACAGCCCAGCUGAGAGCAGAAGAUGCCUGGUGGAAUCGUGUUUUCUAUGGAGGUGGUUUAGAGGUUUACAGUCCUGUUCACCAGAUGUGUGUGUCUGUCUUUAAAGGGGCAAUCAGCAAUUGCUACAUUAAUUUUUGGAUUUUCAUUAAUGAUCAUUGAUUCUUGAAGAAUAUAAUUUAUAAAUGCCUCAUGAGCUUAGUUCAACUGUUGUCCACCAUCAAUACCCAAAAUAGAAGCUUGUUUUACUCCAAUGUUUGUAAACAAUGUAAACAAACACUGUAUAGCCUCCAAACAUGGUUCAUAGAGCCUCAAACAUGGUUCAAACUGUCAUGUUGGUAUCAUGCAUGGUCAGUCCUUGCAUCUAUUGCUCUUGUUUAUGAAUUUGAGUGGUUAAAUUCAUCCAGCCGAAUCCCUCAGCUUUUUACGAAACGGGUGAGGAGAACACUUUGCUAUUUUGUUUCUACUGCUGAUUGUCCAUUUCAGCCUGGCUAGCGAGGUGCCAGUAAGAUGCUUGGAACAUCACUGACCCCAUGCCUUUAACAGUCUCUCUGCUUCCCAGGGAUGGUCAAGGGAGGUGAAUAGAGACUUGAGACAAUUCGUUCUUUUUCCUAAAAUUGCGGCAUGCAUUAAUGUGUGUACCUGCCGUCCAGAUACACACGUAUCAAACAUUUUAAAUAUGGUAAAGGUAGACUCAGCGAAAUGACAUCGCCACCAUAGAUAUUGCAAUGAGCGAGAUGCAAGAUGUUCUCCUACACAGUCACACACAGUAUCUGCGCAUGUGCAUGGGUUCAGUUCCCGCUCUUAUAGCGUGGUAGCCAGGGGACCAAAACAGUGGGGAAGUUGAGCCUCGCGCUUCAACGCUCUUAGUUGUUGUGGAAAUUAACCCACAAUGCUGUUUACUUUCUGUGUCGAUAUCGCUGAGUCUACAUUUUAAUGUCCCAUGAACAUAUACUGUAGGUCUAAAAUAUAUAUAGUACCAGUCAAAAGUUUGGGCACACCUACUCAUUCAAGGGUUUUUAUUUUUAGAAUAAUAGUGAAGACAUCAAUACUAUGAAAUAACACAUAUGAAAUCAAUAUUUUAUAUUUGAGAAUAUUCAAAGUAGCCACCCUUUGCCUUGAUGACAGCUUUGCACACUCUUGGCAUUCUCUCAACCAGCUUCAAGAGGUAGUCAACUGGUUUGCAUUUCAAUUAAUAGGUGUGCCUUGUUAAAAGUUAAUUUGUAGAUUUGAGCCAAUCAGUUGUGUUGUGACAAGAUAGGGGGGUAUACAGAAGAUAUCCCUAUUUGGUAAAAGACCAAGUCCAUGUUAUGACAAGAACAGCUCAAAUAAGCAAAGUGAAAUGACAGUCCAUCAUUACUUUAAGACAUGAAGGUCAGUCAAUCUGGAAAAUUUCAAUAACUGAGUUCUUUCUUCAAGUGCUAAAACCAUCAAGCGCUAUGAUGAAACUGGCUCUCAUGAGGACCGCCACAGGGAAGGAAGACCCAGAGUUACCUCUGCUACAGAGGAUAAGUUCAUUAGAGUUAACUGCACCUCAGAUUGCAGCCCAAAUAAAUGCGUCACAGAGUUCAAGUCAAACACAUCUCAACAUCAACUGUUCAGGGGAGACUGCAUGAGUCAUUGUCGAAUUGCUGCAAAGAAACCACUACUAAAGGACACCAAUAAUAAUAAGAAGAGACUUGCUUGUGCCAAGAAACACAAGCAAUGGACUUUAGACCGGUUGAAAUCUGUCCUUUGGUCUGAUGUGAGAUUUUUGGUUCCAACUGCCGUGUCUUUGUGAGACACAGAAUAGGGGAAUGGAUGAUCUUCGUAUGUGUGGUUCCCACAGUGAAGCAUGAAGGAAGAGGUAUGGGGGUGCUUUGCUGUUGACACUGUCUGUGAUUUACUUAGAAUUCAAAGCACACUUAUCAAGUAUGGCUACCACAGCAUCCUGCAGCGAUACACCAUCCCAUCUGGUUUGCGCUUAGUGUGACUGUCAUUUGUUUUUCAACAGGACAAUGACCGAAAACACACCUCCAGGCUGUGUAAGGGUAUUUGACCAAGGAGAGUGAUGGAGUGCUGAAUCCAAUGACCUGGCCUCCACAAUCACCCAACACCAACCCAAUUGAGAUGGUUUGGGAUGAGUUGGACCGCAGAGUGAAGGAAUAGCAGCCAACAAGUGCUCAGCAUAUGUGGAACUCCUUCAGGACUGUUGGAAAGCAUUCCAGGUGAAGCUGGUUGAGAGAAUGCCAAGAGUGUGCAAAGGGUGGCUACUUUCAAGAAUCUCAUAUUAAAUAUAUAUAUUUAAUUUGUUUAACUUAAAACAUGUUUUUUUUACCCUACAUGAUUCCAUAUGUUAUUUCAUAGUAUUGAUGUCUUCACUAUUAUUCUACAAAUAAAAACCCUUGAAGGUGUAUCCAAACUUUUGACUGGUACUGUAUUUUCAAUUCAAAUUUUGUGCAUUCUUUAAAAAAAUGUUUUUUAAAGAUAGACAAAUUAUUGUAGGCCUUUGUCACCUGUUGAUGUGCAGAGGUCUGUGAGUAAAGUAUAUUGUGAGAGUUGUAUGUUAUCACCACUGGUGGGUAAUGAUAUUCAGGUGUCAUGGAAACCACUGUUUUGUAAGAACAUCAUUCUGCCAUCAGGUCUUACUACCUGAAGUUCAUGUGCCAAGGCCAGUUUUAAUAAAGCCCAUAUACUGUAGGUUAUUGAAGUGCAAUUGGAUCAGAUGUAGAGUAUUUCCAUUUUUGUCGUCAUAAAAAUGAACAUAUAGCAUAGCCUAAUGAUAUCAGCCAUUUUGAACAUCCAACUAUAUUCUAACAUUCCCUAUAUUUAGUUCACAUUCAGCUACCUUUAUAGAAAUAUUUGAACAGUGUUUGCAUACAGUGCAGAGAACAUGUUAUAUUUUGAGUGAAUGACACAGUAAAAGUGAUCCAGUAUGCAUGCACCACAGUGGUUAGAAGAUACCUUUUUAUGUCGCUCUAUUAAUGACAACUCACAUUUUACAAAAUAAUUACUUGCUCAGUUUAGAUGUUAUUUCACCUGUAACUUCACAAUGUUUGACCAACCAGACACUGAAAUGAUGGUGCAAUCAAACCAAGUUUACAUUUGUACGGUGAGCAACUGUUCCGCAAGAGAAGCCAAUAGCAUAUUUUUGGGGGGUAGGAAAAUGGUUCUGAAUGAUUUGAAAAUGAACAUUUUACGAUGGGUGAAGAGUAGUAUUGUGUUGUCUGGGUGUACUGUCUUGUCUUGACUCUGAGUAACUAAUUAUUUUCACUCCAUGGAAGGAAAUGGUUGUUAAUUUUACUGGCAUUUCAACAAGGAUUUAACUAUUCAUGACGAGGCGAUAUCAUAGCCAUAUUGUCAUAUCUGUUCAAAUGUUGACUUCAAUGCAGAAUGAAUGGCUUUGAAAGGUGGCAGAGGUUUGUUGACAGAGAAUGAAUUUGAUCUAAAUUGUCAUUUGAUGUGAUUUAGAGAAGCAUUGGCCUUAUUUGCUUUGUUUCUCCUUUAAGAGUGUCAUUAGUGUUUUCACUACCUCUCAUAUUGGUUCCUUUAUUUCACAUCUAGUUGUCAAUGUACACUUUGUUUUUAGAUCUACUUGAAGCCUAAAACACUGUAAACAAAAUGUGCACAGAAAAUAUGUAUUGAGCGUUAGGAUGAUUAGCCUAGUUUACUUUUGUUUGUUUGAUUGUUUAAUUGUGUUCAACUGGAAAAAGAUUUUUAGAUAUAUAAAGAAUUCAGGAAAUACACUGUUAAAAGGGCUAAUCUCAUUUUGCCUAUGCAAAUAUGUUACUGUUGAAAUGUGGGAAAGGGUAGGUUAAGUUACCUUUUUAGCUAAGUUUGAUGGAACAUGGUUUACAUUGCCCUUUGCUGGUAUUCUUCAAUCUUAUUCAGCAAAAAUGUACCCUUAUUUUUGUUUCUAUAUAAAUAUAUAACAAGUAAUAUACAGAGAAAAUAGUAUAUGCCUUCGUGAUGAAAAAAACCAACACUUGAUAAAUACAAAUAAAUGUGUGUUGUCAGA